UUUUUGACGGUUAUAGCCUACGUCAGGUGCGGUGUCUGGUAUCUUUUUUGAGUUUUGAUUGUGAUUGAUUUGCGUCUUUUCGGCCCCAGUGGACUGCAGUUGAAAAAUCAUCAUGAAUUCAGAAGAUAUAAAAUUGUUGCGAGAGUUUGUGAAGGUCUGUGAAGCCAAGCCUGAAAUCUUGCAUCUCCCUGAAUUAAGUUUUUACAAAACGUGGCUUGAAAGCUUAGGUGCAAAACUGCCAGCCAAAAGCGAAUCACAUGGCCACAGUCACGGUCAUGGCUGCUGUGGACAUGCACAUGAACAGGAAAAAGAAACGCAUUUUGAGCCAGCAGAGCCUGUUGUUGAAGACAGUCCUGAAAGUGAUUUAGACAUUGACAAGGAUGGAGUCAUCGAUCCGGACGAGGAUGUUCCUCACACCAUGGGGGAUGAGAGCAUGGAGGUGACUGACGAAAUGCUGGAACAAUCAAGCAGUAAACGAGACGAGGCCAUGUCAGCCAUUGCAGAAGGAAAUCUUGACAAAGCUGUUGAGUUUUUUACGGAAGCCAUCAAAUUGAAUCCUGUAUCUGCCAAUUUGUAUGCUAAACGAGCCAGCAUCUACGUGAAGUUACUGAAGCCCAAUGCAGCCAUUCGUGACUGCAACAAGGCCCUGGAACUGAAUCCUGAUUCUGCUCAGCCAUACAAGUGGAGAGGCAAGGCAUACAGGUUGUUGGGUGAGUGGGAACAUGCCUACCAAGAUCUGAACAAAUCAUGCCAGCUUGAUUACGACGAUGAUACCAACGAGGCUCGCCGAGAAGUUGAACCUAAGGCAAAAAGAGUGAUGGAACACAAGAGGAAGCUGGAACGUAAGAAGGAAGAGAAGGAGUUGAGAGAGAGGAGAGAGAAAAUCAGGAAGGCCAAAGAAGAAAAUGAAAAAGCUAGGAAGGACCAAGAGGCCAGAGGUCAUGGGCCUGGAUCGUUUUAUGGUGGAUUUCCUGGAGGAAUGCCAGGAGGGAUGCCAGGAGGAAUGCCCGAUAUCUCAGGCUUGUUCAGUGAUCCAGAACUUCUCCAGGCCUUCCAGGACCCAGAAGUUGCUCAGGCAAUGCAGGACAUCAGUGCCAACCCUGCCAACAUCAUCAAAUAUCAGAAUAAUCCAAAGAUCAAAAAGAUUAUUGAGAAAAUGUCUAAAAAAUUUCCUGGAGGACCAGAUAUUGGUAAUGAUGCAGAUCAAGAUGAUGAUAGAUCCAGUGUUCCAGAGUCUGGGCAUUCAUCUGCUCACCACAAUAUUCCAUCUCAGCCGGAUAUCGAUUAAAUUAUCCUCUUCGUCCUUACAAGAUGAAUUGAAAUAGUUUUAUACCACUUCGUCCAGUGGCUUUUAACUGAAUUUAAAAAUUGGUUUACCGACUUAAUAUAUUUAAGCUAGCUUUGACUUAUUUUUAAUUUUCUUACUCACUAAUUUCUAUGUUGGAGUUUUCCUAACGUUUGUUAAAUGAUUUUUGUUUUCAAUGUUAUUUAAGUGUCGUUACUUGUUGAAGUUUCUAACAAAAGAUUGAAUCACAUCUGUUGAAUGAACUCUAAGUUUAAAUUUUGUAUGUUUUUGUUGACGGUUGACGAUCAUAUGAUAUUUAGCUGAUUGCAAUCUCUCUACUGCUAUAUUUUUAUUAUGCAUAAUGAAGCUCUUAUUCAUUUUUUAUGUUUUAUUUUAGUAUCUUUUAAGUCCAUUAUGGCGUUCGUAACAAGAUGGUUCGUA